UAGUUAUUAUUAUUAAAACAAUGAAUUUGUUAUACAAUUUUCUAGUAUUAACAGUAGUAGUAGGCGUUGGGCUAAUCUAUUGUUCAUCGGAAUCUGAUUCAUCCGACUCCGGUUCCCACCAUAAGAAACAUCAUAAGAAUCGUAAACAUCAUAAUCAUAAAAAUGGUAGACAACCGGCACCGCCGGCACCGGUAGUAUAUAGACUACCCGUAAAGUUUGAUUUGGUUGGCCUACUCAUGAAUAACGGUAUGUCCACAUGGGCCGACCAGUAUCGUCGACAGCUAUCCGAUUUGGAUACAAAUUUAGAUGAAUUUUUCAACGGUAUGGCCACUGUUGCCGAGGAUGACCUGGAUUUUGUUAUGCGUUACGAUUUGGACCAAUUGUUAGUCGAUCUGAGCCGUGGAUUGAAAUUGUUUCGGAAAAACAUCGACCAAAAUGCCGACAACAAUGGUAUUGAUCGGAAUUUUUCAGGACGUAUAGCUACCGGUGCCCAACUGUUUGACGAACUGAGCCUAUAUUUGGUACAGUUGUUUGCAUCAAAAGAUAUGGAUCGCCGACACCGACGACAACAUAGUAUAUAUAGAUAUAAUCUAUUGAGUAAACCAUUGAUUGAAUUGUCGGGUGAAUUGGGUAAACUGAUGACCCGGGAUAUUGAACCUAAUUUUCAGCGUGUAUUGUACGGGUUUUACCGGUCAAUAGGACAGGCCUACAAUGCAGCCAUUGGUGAACAGGUUAAGCGAUUGUCGGGUAGUGGUGGUGGUAGGGAUCAGUUACCCGAAAAAUAUCGAUAUCUGAUUGCAUUCAAUAAACGUUGGGAUCAAUCGUUUGGUCAGAUUAAGCAGUUAUUUAAGAAAAAAUAUUAAUUAUUAGUUAUUAGUUAAUAUAAUAAUACAGUAAUUAAUUAAUUAAUUAUAGGUUAUGUUGUUGUUUGAUUAGCCUAUUAAUUAUGUAUUACUUUAUAAAUCUAAUCUAACCCUAACUUUAUAUAUAUAUAAUAAA